AUGACUUCCACUCUGCUUGAGUCGGAAGCCGAGUUCUUGGCCAGAGCCCGAGAAAUCGGUAUGGAUGAUGGUUUCGUCAAGUCGCUUCAAGCCGCAGGGAUCAAAACCUUUGGAAAGCUGGCGUACAUCUGUGCUGUCAGCCCGCAGAGUGGUGAUGACACCCCUCUCAUUCAGGCGGUGCAGAAGCUCUUGUCUCGCGACCUCACCCCGGGCGAGCUUCCUGACCUUCGACGAUUGUGGUUUGAGGCCAACACGUUUGCCCUUUCUGAUCUCAAGUCACGGGUGGAACGUUCUUCUCUUGAUCCACCUCGAGAGCUUCCUUUGGCCGAGCGCCUGACUCGCCUACAGAAUCAAAAGGCUCGGCUAUCAGGGAUAGUGUUCACCGAACGGGUGGAACCGGCGCACAGCCUCAUCGACAAAAUCCAAUCCAUGGUCGAUUCCGGGACGCUCACAUACCUACCGCCGCAUAAGUGCCCAUCAAGAGCUUUGGAAAUUUCCAGUGACAAACCUUCUCAACAAGUUACGCUUGAUGCUCAAGGAGGCUUGAAAAUAUCGAAGAAACACUCCGACCUGGAAUGCGACGUUCGAGGAGAACUUCGGCUUCGGGAGGCCUUCACCAGACGGGCGCUGGCCUUCGACCAAAUCGGUCUCAUGUCGUUUGCUGCCCAAGAGGCGUGGCACACCUACUUGUUUGACUCAGUGACUCGUGACCCUCCACCGGGUCACAAGUUCACCAGCAUUGCCCAGGCUCUGAACGCUGACCGCGAGCUGUGGCAGAUUCUUGCUCAGGAAAGUCGUGGCUCCAUCAAGGUCAUCGGGGGCGUCAAGCCCCCCCUGGAUGUCUUCAUCGAGCGCCUGCAGACCCAUACUCGUGUCAAUGUUUGCUUGGCCAACCUUCCGCAGGCCACCGGUGGAGGCAAAGGCGACAAGGGCGAUCGCGGUGGCAAGGCCGAUGGCAAAGGUGACCGCGAAGGCAAAGGCCGUGGUGGUCGCGGCAAAGGUCGUGGCGACAAAGGCGGUCAGAAGUGCAAGUGGGAUGAUGCUCAGGUGGACCCCAAGCGUGCCGAGAUCUUGCAGUUGCUCAAGGAGAUGCCUAAGGACUGUGUCUCGCGCAUGCCCAAGACUCGUCAGUUCUUAUGCGUGCUGUUUCAGCACGGCAAGUGCCCUGAUCAGUCCAAAGCCCGAUGCGACCGCGGCUUGCACAAUUGCUGGCAUAAGGACUGCCUCAAGAAAGGAGUGCCGUACUGCGAGUGCCGUCACUCUUGA